UUGUUUUUUUUUGUCAGUGAAGAAAAAAAAUAAGAUACCUUUAAUUAAAAGCAGUGAACAUGUUUCGACUGUGGUUCGUCAUCCUAGCCUGCAGUUUCUGCUUUGAAAUAUCAGUUUCAUCGGCUAAGGAGCCGGUGAUCAUAUCUUUCAACCUGACGACUUUUGGCGGUGACAUCGAGAGGAUUAAAUCUCUGCACAACACCAGCUGGCCCCUUGUUGGAAAGUGCUGCCCGGUUGGUCAAUUGUAUCGUUUUAACGAUGAUGAUAAUCCGGGUGAAAAUCGAUGCGAAGACCCGCGACUGAACGAGAAAAACGAUUACUCACCGUUCUUCAGCGACUUCAAUCAUUCCGGACUGUUGGUUCCAGGAUUGAGUCAACCCCAAUUCGUCGCGGUCAUCGGAAUACCUUGCCGAUAUGGAAAGUACAUAAUGGAUCCGUUGACGAUAGCGGAGGACGAGUAUCACCUCAUGAUGAACGGGAGCGUUUUCACGCCGCUGAAUAACGUGCGGAUGCUUCAACCUGGUCAAGACUACUGCAUGGAGGUCGUGUCCGAUGGAAGAUUGGUCGUCAUGGGCUGCUACCAGCCAGAACUUAAAGUAGUUACAGCGGACACGCGGCUCGCUAUGUACGCAAUCGGUCUCCUGAUUUCGGUCCCAUUUCUCCUGGCAACGAUCAUCUCGUACGUGAUAACGCGGCAGAUCUGCGACGUACAUGGCAUGAAUCUAUGCUGCUACUCCGGAUGUCUUGCGGUGGCUUUUCUCACCCUGGCGUUACUACAGCUUAGUGGACAGUCGUUCGAUCAGAACGCUUGCGUAUCGGCAGCGUUCGUCAUACAGUUCUCCUUCAUUGCCUCCUCCUUUUGGCUCAACGCUAUGACCGUCGAAAGUUGGCGUCUUAUUCGAGGGUACAAAGCAGGCUCCCCUCCUCUCACUAGUGAGCGCAGCCCUCCACUCUACAGAGUAUUCUUCUUCUACUCAAUUUGGGGAUGGGGACUUUCCGCCGUUCUCAUCGUUGUCUCCUUGGCUCUGGGUCUCAAUCCGACGAUACCGUGGACCUACGUCAAAAGAUCCGGAAACGAGCAGCCGAGCUGCUGGUUUGGUUUAGACACGUACUCGCUUCCGUAUUUCUACGUACCGGUUGGCAUCCUGGUGUUCUUGAACACGACGCUCUUCGUAAUGGCCGGUAUAAAAAUGGCCCAAAUCCAGCGAGCAUUGGACCGAAAUCGCGUGGCGCGUAACAACGAGUCGGAUCGUCGUGACCGUCGAGUUUUCAAGGAGUUGAGACUCACCUUCUUCUUCACGCUCGCCCUGUUCCUGAUACUGGUUGUCAACUGGUCGAUGGAACUCGUGUCGAUGCUCACGGAGAGCAACGUCUUCGCCUGGUCCAUAUUCGACCUGGUUAACGCCCUCCAAGGCCUCUUUGUCUUCGGUUUCUUCGUCCUCAGACGAGCCGUCCGCACCCUUGUAUGGCAGAGGAUAAAGGAACUCGUUGGUAUAGGUUCCGAGCGCGAAUCCGACGACGACAAGGCGAACGAGAUGACCCUCUUAUCGUCAGUCACGAACGGCACGAACUCGACGAGGAUCGUGACUCAGUGACAUCCUAAUGGUGCAUGAAAACCCUUGUGAUUAGUUGAUGCAACUGCCAAUCAAUACCUUAGAUUUACGUAUAAUUAAUUUAAAAUCGACAUCGCAUAGACGACGGAAGGAUUCGGAAAGGUAAAUUGGCGGUGAAGUCACACCGGGAUAAAACUUUCAUUAUAAACUGUAUAGAAUACUUUUACACCUUGUCGCCGGAAUCCUGAUACGAAUGUAAGUAUUAAGUUCAGUGAGAUGUUAUAAGCAUAUUUAUAGGUAAAUAACGGUAAUUAAAAAUGUUUAUACAUGUAAA